AAAACAGGCUGCGUCCUGGAGUCUGUCUGUCCGUCCUGGAGUGUGUCUGUCUGUCCUGGAGUCUGUCUGUCCGUCCUGGAGUCUGUCUGUCCGUCCUGGAGUCUGUCUGUCCGUCUGUCUGUCAGCUCAUGGAGUCAACUGCUGAAACCCGCAGAGAAAACACCGCGGUGUGACAGAGAAACAAGAAAGUUAAAGUGAAACAGACGAAGGAGAGAGGGUCCUGCUGCUCCUGCUGCUUCUGCUGCUGCUGCUGCUUCUGCUUCUGCUGCUGCUGCUGCUUCUGCUUCUGCUGCUGCUGCGAACAUCGCCUUGAAUGGCAGUAAUUCAAAAAUAUGGCAAGAACUAUGAUCCAGAUCUGGUCUGUCACAAGGAAACCAGUCCGCCUGAUAAGAGCGGGGCUCCAGGAUGUCACAAGAAGUGGUCCGAGCCCAACACCAACUGGUCCAGGCCGGUGGCGAGGGUGUGGACCGUGGUCCUGCUGCUCGGGACGUGUCUCCUCUACUGCGCCCGAGUGGCGAUGCCCAUCUGUGCCGUCAGCAUGGCCGUGCAGUUCGGCUGGACCAAGAGGGAGUCUGGCAUGGUGCUGGGCAGCUUCUUCUGGGGCUACUGCUUCACCCAAGUGCUGGGAGGCUACGUCAGUGACAGGGUGGGAGGUGAAAAGGUGCUCCUGCUGUCUGCUGCUGCCUGGGGCUCCAUGACGGCCUUCACACCCGUCCUGGCUCACUUCUGCUCACAGCCCAUCCUUUCCAUGACACUCGCCCGCUUUCUCAUGGGCCUGUUGCAAGGAGUUCAUUAUCCGUCUCUCGCCAGCCUGUGCUCUCAAAAGGUGGUCGAGAGUGAACGAGGCUUCCUCAUGAGCACUGUGGGAAGUGGCUCCUAUCUGGGAACGCUGGUGAUUGGAGGAGCUGGUUCCCUCAUGUUAGACCUGUAUGGCUGGGAGAGUGUUUUCUAUGUGUCUGGGCUCCUCUCAGUCCUGUGGGCUUACUGCAUGUGGAAAUGUCUACUCAAAGGAGAAGGGCCAAUCAUCACCCUGGAGUCCCUGGGAAGUGGUGGACCCCAGUCCAGACUCACCAAGAGACACUGGUUGCGGCUCUUCAAACAGCCUGCAGUGUGCGCUGUGAUCGUGACACACCUCUGCACAGCGUGCACCUUCUUCACUCUGUUGUCGUGGCUGCCAACAUUCUUCAAAGACUCUUUCCCUGAAGCCAAGGGUUGGAUCUUCAACGUGGUUCCUUGGUUAGUGGCCAUCCCGUCAUCCCUGCUCAGCGGCUGUCUGUCUGACCACCUCAUCAAUCGAGGCUUCGACACAGCGUCAGUGAGGAAGCUGAUGCAGUUCUUCUCCAUGGGCGUGUCCAGCGUGUUUACCCUGCUUCUAUGUGGCAACACCACAUUCCCGUGGGCUGUAGCGUUUGUGUCUGCCACCAUGGGCUUCACCACCUUCAGUCACAGCGGGGUUUCUGUAAAUGUUCAGGAUCUGGCUCCAUCCUGCGCUGGAGCAUUAUUUGGUGUCAUGAAUACUUGUGGCGCUUUCUCAGGGGUUCUCAUGGUGUAUUUCUCUGGGUAUCUGAUCGAGGCGACAGGUUCAUGGGCAUCGGUGUUCGCCCUCAUCACCGUGGUCAACCUGCUGGGCCUCUGCACCUUCCUGGCUUUCGCUGAAGCUCGCCGGGUCGACCUAGAUUGCAGCAAGGUUCGCCACCACAACAUCCACAUAUAAUUCACCAGCACCAACAACAUGGACCGGGACAAUAUUCCCAAAGAAGACGCUGAAACCAGCAGCCCAGGCACACACACACACACACACACACAGGAGAAUGAGCCAAAGUUUGGCAAAAAGAUGAAACAUGAAAAAUACAGAUCGACUGUGUUUCUAAGGACGUACUGCAAGAGUUACUGAAAAGCACACAGCACAAAGCUAAUGGCUGUUAGCGUGUGUGACCCUUGUUUUAGGUGGCGACCGGUGUACGACUCUACCUCCAUGUCCAGGCUGGUGUGUGCGACUUUAACCUGAGAACCAGUGGCUGUGUUUCUUCAUUGAGUUGAAGAAGCGACGAUAGGGAUGGAGGGGUGAAGGGGGGAGUGAAGGGGGGAGGUGAUGUUAUUUAGAACAUCACACUCAGAGAACUGUCUGAGUGACACCUUAUUACCCAGCUGCUAAUUACUGGAUAAGCACUCGAUUUACCUUCCACUGUCCCCAUCGCCAUGGUUACGUGCUCAUUUUCUGUUACAGUUCAGAGAAGGUCAAAGAAAGCUUUACGGGAACAAGGCUUUGACUCAUGUACUAAUUCACUGAAGAGUUUGUUAUGAAUGAGACGAACAAACACAUUUUUAUUUUCUUUCUAUGUCGCCGCAUGGAGUGGAAAUACCUCACUGAUGUUUACAUAUAUUUAUAUGGCUCAGUUUUUUAAAGAAAAACAUAUAUAUAUAUAUAUUCACUUAGGUUAGAGAAAAAUAAAUAUAUUUGGAAACUUGAUAGAAAAUCAAAGUUAUCAAGAUUUCCUCCUGCUGUUUGGUGUCCUUGCUUUGUGUGUGUGUGUGUGUGUGUGUGUGUGUGUGACACACUUAGUGUCACUUUCAACACUUGAACACUAUGUUUGUGUUGAAAAGGUCAGUCUUUAAAGGAAGAGUCCAGGAUCCAGGUGCCUUACAUCGUCUCAGACUGUGUUCUGGGCCCACGGCAGGUAAAUGGGCUUGGCUCAGACUGUUUGAAUCCUGCAGGUCAAAGGUCGGGGGUAACCCUGUACCCAGCACCCACUGCUGUCCUGUUGUAGGAAGGUUUGUAGAAGGAGGACGAGUGAAAUGCAGAGUCAGGGUGGUUGUGUGUGUGUGUGAGUUUAACCUGCCUGUCCCCACAGGGACACGCCCACCUUUAAUCUCACACUUAACAUCACAUGAGAUUAGAUGUAUCUAUGUCGUAUCAAAAUGUCUCUUUUUGUCACAAUCUAUGCAUUUAAUAGUUGUUUUUUUGCUUCAUUGAAUCAAAGACGGUCUCAGUGUCACAGUGUCUCAGCGUCUCAGUGUCUCAGUGUCUCAGUGUCUCAGCGUCUCAGUGUCUCAGCGUCUCAGUGUCUCAGUGUCUCAGCGUC